AAUUUACUAAAAGGUCGCAUCCUGUACGACGUUCCUUGCGCAGUCUGCCGAGAUCAUUCAUCAGGAAAACACUAUGGGGUGUUCGCGUGUGAUGGUUGCGCAGGAUUCUUCAAGCGGUCUGUGAGAAGAGACAGAAGAUACGCCUGUAAAGCUAGGAAUCCCGGUGCCUGCCUGGUGGAUAAAGCACAUAGAAACCAAUGUCGUGCGUGUCGAUUAACUAAAUGUAUUGACGCUGGUAUGAAUAAGGACGCCGUGCAACAUGAAAGAGGGCCCCGGAACUCGACCAUUAGACGCCAAAUGGCAUUAUUUCUUAAAGAUCCAUCUAUACCGUCCUCAGAUAUAGGGUUACCUGUACCAUCGGCUCUGGAUCUCGCUAUUCCAAAACAUAACUUAUUACCUCCACCCUCGAUGUCCUUAUUUCAUAAUCCGUACGCCUAUAACAGAAUCAGUCUGCCCAUUCCUUCAUCAAUACCAGGCCCAGUAAAGAUUCCAUCACCACCGCCUGUUGUAACGUCGUUUUUGACUCCAGCGGACCCUGAAGCAAUGUGUGAAGCAGCCGCGAGGCUUCUAUUCAUGAAUGUAAAAUGGGCCAAAAACGUACCGGCUUUUUCAUCUUUAUCAUUAUCUGACAGACUACUUCUUCUGGAAGAGUCUUGGAGAGAUCUCUUUGUGAUUGGAUCAGCUCAAUUCUUAUAUCCAAUGAAUUUGAACAUACUACUAAAUUCUAAGAGUUCUAGAAUAGAGGCCAGAGAUAUAGAAAACUUUGAGAGAGCUCUUGGAGAAAUAGCAAAACUACGUCCUGAUAGCAAUGAAUUUGCGUGUCUCAGAGCAAUAGUAUUGUUCAAAACAAGUUUUAAUGAAAAAAAUGAGGGUGGCAGUCCGUCUCAAACUAGUUCAGAUUAUAAGAGAUUACAAGAUCUUCCUGCUGUUGCAUCUUUACAGGAUCAUUCGCAAAGCGUUCUCAGCGAGUAUAUCUUAAGAUCUUACCCAAUGGAAGUGACUCGUCUAAGUCUGCUGCUCCAACUUCAACCCAUCAUCAGAAGAGUAUCAAGCACCACAAUCGUCGAGUUGUUCUUCCGUGCCACGAUAGGCGAAAUUCCAAUUGAGAGGAUCAUCGGGGAUAUGUACAGAACUGGGAAAGAUACCGCUUAAAGUUGCAAUUUUAGUUUUAUAUCGUAAAUAUCUUUCCAGUAUUUUUUAACAGUGAUAUAAUCAAUAUAUUUUUAUAUUACUUAUUUACAUUUAUAAUAGUAGUGAAUAAUUGGAAAUAAUAUAGCAAACCUUUAGAU